AUGGAGGGAGGAAAUUUUGUGAGGUUAUGUUACAGAAACGUGAAAGAGGAAAACCAGGCAAGGUUUAGAACCUUUGACUCAAGUAGAGAAAAAACAAUGUUUAGUGUGAAAAUUGUGUUAUUACGUGGAUGGCGAUUGUUCGCUUCCAACGUUGGAAGCUGUUUACUGGUUAGUCAUGGUAAAGAGAUUAUCCCAACUGGAAGCUGUUUACUGGUUAGUCAUGGUAAAGAGAUUAUCCCAACUGGAAGCUGUUUACUGGUUAGUCAUGGAACCGAUGACCAUCACAUUACAAAUGCAAUGCUCUAA